AUGAAUGGCCACAUGCACCCCGAUCGCAACCCAGGCAUGGGAGGCAUGAAGGAGAGUAACAACUCCUCGCUCGGCGACAACACUCAACCCCAGAGCAUGCACGUCAACGGCACCAACACCAUCUCGCCUCAGCAACUUGGAAUCAGCAGCCAGAGCACCUCGCACCAACCCGUCGGGAACGACUGGGUCAACACGAUCCAGUCGGUUCCAUCAGUCGCCGGGACCAUGUCGUCCUACUCUGCCCACGACGGGGGCAACACACCACGGCCCUGCGUCCUCCCCGGCGCGGGCCACCCGCUGACGGCGGCCAUGCUGGAGCGCUUCAACCAGCUCAACAGCGAGGACAACGUCAACAUGCGCAUCGCAAUCAAGCACAGUCUCAGGGCGAAGAAGGACAAGGCGUCGGCGACCCGCGUCUCCAACGACACCGUGGACCUCGGGCCGGUCUCAUCGCAGCCCACCCCCUUCGACAGCGAGGUCUUCGCCGCCGGCGCCUGGAGCGACACGCCUGCUGGACUUCACGGCUUUGGUCUGGACGCCGCUGAUGAUGACGGGGCGGAAGAUCUGUUCCUGGUGAAAUAA